AAAUAAACUUUUUAAGAAGGGGAACGUAUAAAUACGACCGCGACGCACACCCUUCACUGACACAAUCCAGGCGAACAUGUGUUAGCUCAUAUAGACUAACUGCUACAACACUGUAUUAGCUUUAGUACAACUAGCAGAAUCAAACUGAAACCAAUUUGGAUGUUUAAAUCAAGAGCCGUUCAAUUAAGAAACUUAACUUUCGUUGCAUUUUUACAAAGCUAUUAUGGACGUUCUGUAUACAAGUAGACACUGCUUGCAUUCACUUAGAUUAUUUUAUAGGCUGCAUUGAGGUCACACUUAAUUAUUUCCAGAAAUAAGACAUUACUCAUUUGUGUAUUGUCUUCUCUUUUAAAAUGUGUUCAGCGUUACAUAUAACUUUGUUAACUUUGUCAAUAUACAGCAUUGCUCUUUCUGAGUUGCUAGAAUCCGAAGACAUUAUACCUAUCAAGGUGACCAGUCGAAGAAUCAGCGGUCGUCCGUGGAAAAGGAACGAGGAACUCAGUUUCAGACUUACUGCGUUUGGUAAAGACUUUACGCUUCACUUGACUCCGGAUGACAGGUUCCUAGCUCCGACCAUUAGGGUCCAGCGCAUCAAAUCGAAACGUCUUUCUUCGCUAUUAGACGUAUUUGACAUAAGGGAGAAGGGGACACCAUCUGACAUUGUUAACAGCAGCAACGACGUUAACCGCACCGAGGACAUUGAAGCAGAUCUGAAAACUUGUUUUUAUUCGGGAACCGUAGAUUUUAAGCAAGACUCUUUAGUUGCUGUCAGUCUGUGUCAUGGAAUCCAAGGAUCGUUCCUAACAGACGGAGAUGAAUAUCUGAUUGAGCCUAAAAGGUCUGGAACUGGCAAACUAAAGCAAACCACCAAGCAGCUGCACGUUAUUAAAAGAAGAGUUUCCAUCGACACGCGUAGGGCUGAAUCUACAUUCGACCAAUUGAAGGAUGACAGUCACAGGAAAUCAGAAGGAAGCACAUUAUCCUUCGGUGAGAUGGGUGGUCAAACACGGAAUAGGAAGAAACGUUUUGUUUCUGCAGCAAGAUAUGUUGAGACGUUGGUGGUGGCAGACUCCUCAAUGACACGAUUCUAUGGGGACGAGAUAAAGCACUACAUCCUGACCUUGGUCGCCAUGGCAGCACAGAUCUACAAGCACCCUAGCCUGAGGAACUCAGUCAGCAUGGUGGUGGUUAAAAUAUUGGUGGUAGAGGAUGAGGAUGUGGGACCAGAGGUCUCCAGCAACGGAGGUGUGACUCUACGCAACUUCUGCACCUGGCAACAGCUCUUCAACCCUUCCAGUCACCGGCACCCGGAGCACUACGACACAGCCAUCCUCUUCACCAGACAGGACAUCUGUGGACAUCAGAGUUGUGACACUUUGGGGGUCGCUGAUGUGGGCACCAUGUGCGACCCCAAAAGGAGCUGUUCUGUCAUUGAAGACAACGGUCUCCAAGCUGCCUUCACCAUGGCCCAUGAGCUCGUGACAGCAGCGGUGUCUCUCCGCACAGGCCAUGUGCUCAGCAUGCCACACGAUGACUCCAAGAUCUGCGAAAGGAUGUUCGGGCACCUGGGAGGACACCACCUGAUGGCCCCCCUCUUUGUUCACCUGAAUAAGACCCUGCCCUGGUCCCCAUGCAGUGCCCUGUAUAUCACCGAGUUCUUUGAUAGCGGACAUGGGGACUGCCUAUUGGAUGUGCCGGGCGAGACUGUGCCUUUGCCUGCUGAGUUGCCCAGCCGAACUUUCAGCCUGGAUGUCCAGUGCCAGCAGGUGUUUGGGGAGGAGCUUGUGCACUGCCCCAACACCUCGGACACGGACGUGUGCAGCAAGCUCUGGUGCAGGGAGAGGGGGCAGCAGCAGUGCAUCACCAAGAACGCCAGCCUGCCCUGGGCCGACGGCACGCCGUGCGGCGCCAGCGGGACCUGCCUGAACGCCGUCUGCGUGGGACCUGAGGAGGUCCCGCAACCCAAGGAAGUUGUGGAUGGAGGAUGGGGGCCAUGGGGGCCUUGGGGAGAGUGUUCCAGAACAUGUGGUGGUGGAGUGGAGUUCUCCCACCGGGAGUGCACCCACCCCGAGCCCCAGAAUGGGGGGAGAUACUGCGAAGGACAGAGAGUCAAGUACCAAUCCUGCAACACUCGCCCCUGUGAGAACAGUAACGGAAAAAGCUUCAGAGAAGAGCAGUGUGAGAAGUAUAACACUGUGGAUAACCUGGAUAUCCAUGGCAACGUCAAGCACUGGAUUCCGAAGUAUGCUGGUGUGGCCCCUAGGGACCGGUGCAAACUCUUCUGCAGAGUAAAAGGGGGCAGUGAGUUCAAAGUCUUUGAAUCAAAGGUAAUCGAUGGUACCACGUGUGGCCCCGACACCACGUCUGUCUGUGUCCAGGGCCAGUGUGUGAAAGCGGGCUGUGAUCAGGUGAUUGGGUCCAACCAAAAACUGGACAAGUGUGGUGUGUGUGGAGGGAAUGGUUCCAGCUGUAGGAAGGUCACUGGCUCCAUGAACAAAGCCAUGUAUGGCUAUAACGAUGUUGUGACCAUCCCAGCUGGGGCCACCAACAUCGAUGUCAAGCAGCGCAGCCAUCGUGGAGUGAAACACGACGGCAACUACCUGGCUAUCAAGGGAGAGAAAGGCAGCUACAUCCUGAAUGGAAACUUCUCAAUUUCUACGGUGGAGCAGGAUAUUCCAGUCCCAGGAGCCGUGCUGAAGUACAGUGGCUCUUCCACCACCCUGGAGAGGAUCCAGAGCUUCCAGCAACUGAGGGAGGCCGUGACUAUCCAGCUGCUGGCCACAGCAGGAGAUACCAUGCCACCCAAAAUCAAAUACACCUUCUUCAUCCCCAAAGAUGUGUCCUUCAGAAAACAUAGUGAGAAGAAGACCUUCCUGAACGCGAUCCAGCCUUUCGGCACAUCCCAUUGGGUCUUGGGGGAGUGGUCCGACUGCUCGAAGAGCUGCGGUUCCGGUUGGUCCCGGAGGGCCAUUGAAUGCAGAGACAGCGGCGGUUUCCCAUCCUUCCUGUGUGACGAACAGCUGAGGCCCAGCGACAUCAGGCCCUGCGGAGACCUGCCUUGUCCCAUCUGGCAAACGGGGCCCUGGUCCUCCUGCUCUCAGACCUGUGGCCUAGGGCAGCGCCACCGCAGCAUCCACUGCCUCGACUACUCCGGGAAGGUGGUGGAGCCCGAGAGGUGCGACCCUGCCAAGAAACCCAAGCCGGCGUAUACGGAAUGCCUUUACCAAGACUGCUGAGACCUGCACAGAGCCUGCUAAGUACUGAGCCAAAUGUGGUUGAGGGACAGGGGUGGGGAGAAUAAUGGAACGUAAUGUUUAGGAGAGCAUUGGCAUAGAGUGGUGAGAAGAACAAAGGAAUGGAAUUGGGACGGACUAACUCACCUUGACCUGUGCCUGAGACACAGGCAAGGAAAUCUGCAUGAGAAAGAAAAAGUGUAGUAUCUGCACUACCUGGUCUAAGCGAGGUCACAGAGCGUUGGGCCUGUUUGAAAGAUUUUCUUUGUUGUUCUUUAUUCAUUUACUUUAUGCUUUUUCAUAACCACUAUUGAAGUUUCAGCCCAAUAGAUAUCUACCUCAGAGGAUGUGAAAGUUGUAUAUCAUAUGCAUAUAUUUAUAAUAUAAAUUCUUGAUAAACUGUACCAAAGGUUGUUUUUUUUUUUGCACAAAUAAAUGAAAAUGCAUGAAGUUGCAAUGCUCCAAACACACCAUAAUGUAACAGCAAAUGUUUUACAAAUAUCUGCAUUUUUUUUCCAAAUGGAAACUUGAUGCAGGACUUUAUAUUUAUAUAAUUAGAAAGACUGAGUAAAUUGACUUAUUGUAUGCCUUAAAAAAUCUAUUGUUUGCUUAGGCCAUAUACUAUCAUACUAAUGGUGCAGUGUUGGCAGAGUUUGAAAUGUUAUUUGUGCAAAAACAUAAUUUUUGGUGAAUCAUCUUUUUGAUUUUGUUUAUCAAGGGCGUGAAUACAUUUGGAGUAUACAGAAACAUAAAACAGCACUUAGGGUCAAACAAAAAAGAUUAUCAUUCUACAAUUCUUGUCUGCAAUUAUAAAAUGGAGUAGUUUAUUUCUCAGGCAAGAAUACAUUGUGCGUAAUGAUGGGGGGGCUUAGAAAAUGGUUUACAAAUUCAGUGUACGAGUUCAACAUGCCCCAGUUUUGUUGUUCUCAAUGCUAACACCAAUGCUAUCAACAAAAUACUAUUUAUUUCUCUCUGGGAAAGCAUACCCCACUCAAAUGCAAGUGCAUAGGGGAUUAUUUUGCACAAGGUAAAGUACAAUGCGUGUAGUGAGAAUAUGAUCAAUGGUAUUAUGCAGUCAGUGAGCCACAGUAAUCACUAGCUGUUACAUUGCAUCUUACUGAAGCAGAGUACGUUACUACAGUACUUCGCCUGCCUCUGAGGUACACUCUCCACCAGCUGUUUUGCUGAGAUAAACUGUCCCAUGAUUCAUCUGUGGGUAACAUUUAGCUCAUUUUCACCACGCCAUUUUUUUUCAUAAUGUGUCUGGUUUGCACAGGCACAACGUAUUGACUUAAGUCAGUGAUGCAGCACCAGGUUGACGUGCACCACUGGAUCUGGGGGAUUCACUAUACCACUAUGCGUUCAUCAGUGUGAAUGUAAAAGAAUGUUUGGUAACAAAUGCCAAGUACUGUUUGCUGUCAAAUUGCAGAAACGACUGCUUAAGAGGAAGAUGCAAACAAGUCAAUAAUCAUUUUGCUAUUAAGGGCCUGUCAUUCAUUUGAUACUGUAUUUAUUUUUAUUUUUUUCAACAAAAUAGAACCUCUCAUAUGAAAUUGUAUUCCACGGAGUCAAGUUGUCCAUGUUGAACACGCACCAAGUAUUUUCACAGCACUUUGGGAUACAGCAAAAUGUUUAUUGUCUGAUUUUGCACAGAGGUCAUGAGGGUUUGGUUUGCUUGCAGAGUGGGAGUCUGUUAGUCCACACCAAUCUUUCUGCUGACCCUGGACAUUGACAUUCUUAUGGUCUCCUUUAUGUAUAGUUUUUAUUUUAUUUUUUUGUAUUUGUAUUUGUAUUUAUGAUGCUCCAUGGUGUGUAUAUUAGCAAUUAUUUGACUGAGAAAAUAGUUCAGUUGUCUUGGUAGUUAUGAUGGUUGGCUCUUGAUGGAAGGCAGUAGAUAUUUAAGUCUUUAUUUCCAUAGAGAAAGCUAAUAUCAAGACAUUCAUGAGGAGACUAAUUCUCAUUUUUGAGAUAGCAAAAAAUGAGUUUAUAAAGUGCUUUUAAAGAUAACAUUAGCAGUUUCACCACAACUAAAAGUUGCUGUGCACUCUAAGAAAAAAGGAUUGUUUAAAGGGUUCUUUGGUCUGGGUAAUGUUUCAGUGUUGAAGAUGAACCUUUUCCACUUUAGGAACCCUUUGCCAGUAGAAAAGGCCCUCUGCAAUUGGUUCCAUGGAGCUUUCUUUAUUGAAAGUUCCACUGGAGAACCCACUUGAAGUGGUUACACUUUGUAUUGUGAGUUCUGCUUAGAACAUAAGGGUUCUACUUUGUAUUUUGCCACAAAUUAAUUUCAAAUGUGCCCUAUACAUUUUCAUGUAUUAUGGUAAAAUAUAUAGUAAUAAGAUCAUAAAUGUGUUCAUUUCAGAGUAUGCAGCAUUCAUAUUUUUGAUGCUAUGAACUCUCUUCUGACUCUUUUACCAUUAUGAUGGGGUAAAUAGGACAAGCCAUCUAAAUGGCUUAGAAAAGGACUGAAUCUGUAGAAAAUAUUGCAUGUCACAACACUGUUCACCACUGCCUUUGCUUGACUGUAGCACUGAAUGGAAUCUUUCACCAUUUCCCCAGUUAAACAUACUUCAGUUAAUUCAUUUUCAGCAAAUUAAGUUUGCUUAUCUGAUUUCUGAAACAUCAUAUACUUUCAAACUGUGCACACUCAAACAUAGUUAAACUGUCAGAACAAGAUGAUAUUGCUCAUGAAAAGCUUUUACUGUAAAAAUGCGCAAUACAGUAUUUUGAAUAUACAAUUCUGUUUAAAAUGCAAGGGAUUCUGGAAGGAAAAUAACAUCAUGCUGUGUCAAACUAAUGUUUUGUGUUUUAUUUAUAAAUAUAUAAAUACAUUUCCUGUAUUUAACCAAAUAGGACUUACUACAAAGUCCCCAGUCAUCAAAAACAGGAGAUAUCGUGUGACAAAAAUGUAUCUGAUAUCCUGUUAUCUAUUACUAGAUUGUAAAUUGAGGUUUUUUAAAUUAUGUAUUUUCUUAUUAGAAGACUAUAUGUUUUGAUUGCAUUUUGCUUUUGUAUGGGUCUUUUUUUACUAUUAGUGUUCCAUAGAUUAAGCUAUUUAUACAUAUUUUCCAAUGACAAAUUAUUAUUGAUAUAUACAACUGUUACAAUUUGGGACACUCUUUGCAGCCUGAUCUAAAGCUUCAUUUUUCCUCAGCUUAAUAUUUAUGACAAAACAGUGAAUUCGGCAGGGUGUGAACAUUAUGAUUAUCUUUAUAGAUACUGUAGUUGGUAGAUUAGAAAGUAAUUUAAAGAUCCGAAAAAUAUUUCACAUUAUUAUUACUUGGCAAUUUCGCAGUUGCCCAUGUAGGGGAAAUUAUUAUAAGUAUAUGAUACAUGCAUUAAUCCAUCCAUAUAGGGGAAUAGAUUUUAUGAAAAGAGCAUAUGAUGCAUGCAUUAAUAAGAAUAUAGUCAAACGUCAAUUUUGAAAUGAAAAAUGACUAAGUACAGUUACAGUUCUACAGAACAUGUAGGCAGUGCAUAAUAUCACAUCAAAAUAAAAUAUAAGACAUAAAUACAGAGUACGUCCACCAGCCCAACCCCCUUUUACUCAGAUCCACCCUGCACCUCAUAGAUCUCCAAACACUCCUGUAUUUUUUAUUAAUUUAUUUUAUUUAGUUUUAUUUUUGAAUGGGGUGAAAAAUCAAGGACUGGUCCUUACAUUAUGAAUGCAACACUGCAACAAAAUUCUGCUUUUCAAAUAUCUGAAAUCUAGGCCAUGUCAGAAAAAGUUAUGUGGAAAAUGUGAUUUUAGAAUGGACAUUUAUAAGGACUGAAUGUCAGAAGGUGCAUAAAUAAUUAGGUUUGGAAUCAAUUCAGACUUGUAAUAAUGUACACACAGUGGCCAAUUUUGUAGGUACACUAUCGCAAAUAGUCUGCUCCUCCAAACAGAAAAUAGUGACGGUGAAGAGGUUUAGUUGUUGUUCAGCCAAACAUUAUAAUGGACAAGAAUCAUGAUCAAAGUGCCUUUGACCGUGGAAUGAUUGUUGGUGCUGGACGUGGUGGUUCCAGCAUCUCAGAAACAGCUGCCCUGUUGAGAUGCAGUCUCUGGAGUUUACAGAGAAUGGUGCAAUAAACAAAAAACAUCAAAUAAGCGGAAGUUCUGUGGGCAAAAACACUUUGAUAAUGAGAAAGGUCAGAGGAAAAUGGGCAAACUUGUUAGAGCUAGCAGAAGGGCCACAAAUUCUCAAAUUACAGCUGUUUACAACAGUGUUGUGCAGAAGGGCAUCUCUGAAUGUAUAACGUGUUGAACCUUGAAGCGGAUGGGCUGCAGCAGCAGAAGCCCAUGCUGGGUUCCACUCCUGUCAAUGAAAAACAGGAAAAUUAGGCUACAGUGACAAUCAAAGAUUGGAAAAAUGUUGCUUUGUCUGACGAAUCUUGAUUUCUGCUGAGACAUGCGAACGGUAGGAUCAGAAUUUGGCGUAAACCGCAUGGAUCCAUGGAUCCAUCCUGCCAUAUGUCAACGGUGCAAGCUGAUGGCGGUGGCGUAAUGGAAUGGGGAAUGUUUUCUUGGCACGUUUUGAAUGCCACAGCGUACUGAGGCAUUGUUGCUGACCAUGUGCAUCCCUGAGUGGCCACACACUGUUUUUUUUCAAACCGAUACUUCCAGCAGGAUAAUGUAUGAAUCACAAAGUAUCCAUCAUCUCAAGCUGGUUCCAUGAACAGGACUUAAUUUCACUCCAGUGGCCUGCACAGUCCCCAGAUCUCAAUCCGAUUGAGUUCUUUUGGGAUGAGGUGGAACAGGAGGUUCACAGCAUGAAUGCGUGGCCAAAAAAUGUGCAGGGAAUCUGUGUGAUGCUGUUGAGUCAGCAUAGAACAAAAUCCCAAAGGAAUGUUUUCAACAAGAUGCUGGAAACAUUCCUUUGGGAUUUCACGCAGACUGCAGAUUUUUCAGCCACACAUUCAUGCUGGGAACCCCCUGCGAAGGAUCCAGGCUGUUCUUGGGGCAAAGGGGGCUCCCAACUGGUGUUAGAUAGGUGUACCUAAUAAAUUACCUAAUAAAGUGGCCACAUAUACUGAGUGUAUAUAUAGAUUUAACUAUAAAUCCUCUGCUGACAGCUCUGUUCAAUUCCUAUCUAAUGCAAUUCAUAUGUAAUAUACAGGCCUUUUUUGUCUGGUGCUAAGUGUCUAUACUCCUUUCCACCAGUGCAAGGGACUUGGUGAAAGACAUAUACAACAAAACUGAUUAAAUCACACAAAAAAACCUGAGAUUACACAUGUGUUUUCAAAUAUUAGUAGGUUAAUUUCAAAUGUAGACUGUGUAUGUUGUUAUAUUCCUUCAGUGAAGGCCUGUGCUGCCAUAGCUUCCUUGUCAAGCUAUUUAUUUCUGUGAAGUUUCUGUAUCUGGACACUUAAUCACAAUAGAAUUUUUAGAUGCUGCUGUCUUCCAGAAUUAUAAGUGGUUAGUUAUACAUAAAUACUUUGAAUAAAGAUGCAUCUCUUGCCUGAAACUCUCUAAUGUUUUUUUUU